AUGGAAGUGACAGCAUUACAUAAGCAACAAACAAGUAUAUACCAAGGUCAGAUUUGUGGCCAUAUUAAGUACAAACAGAUACAAAACAGAAACUUGUCCAGCACCAACAAAACCCAGGCCAAAUCCAAUGACAACAACAAUAUACCUGUAGGCAACUACAGGGAGUCAUGUAAUGACUGUGCACCCCCCAGACCCACUGGUAUCUCCACUGGAACAGAUGUGGCUGCAGCCAUCAAUCUUUCACAUGCCCAGCCCACUGCUGCCCACAGGUGGUCCAUGGAAAUGACCAGAGUCCCUCACACAUUGGCAAGCUGCCACAUUCCCCUCACUAUGGAUGAUGAUGGUCAAACCCUCAUUGCAUUUCCCAAUGGCAUUGCUGAUGACCAUGAGUAUGGUGUGGAUGAUCAAGUCAUCAUAUAUUCUGCCUUCCCAUCCUCCAAUCAGGCAUUGAUUGAUAUGACCAGUCAUUGUAUGCUCAUCAUCCCUAACAUUGGGAUGGUAGGUCUUAACCUGGCAUGUGCAAAUAUCAUGGUAAUUGUAGACACUAUGUGGUCAGCACUUGAUGAUGAGCAGCCACAUGGGAGAAUGGUACCCCCAGCAAAAGCAAGUCCAUGCAUACCAGCUCAUCACUUGUCAACCCCAGAUGUCUUUUUAAACAAUACACCAUUUGAUAAAGGGCAACUUCACUCCAUGUUCAUGGGGUGUAUGGAUGAAAUCAAUAACAACAAUGACAAUGCACCACUGAGACCAAUAUCACAUGUCAAUCCUAAACCCAAACCCCACCCAAGCCUACCAUUGACAGAAAAGGGAAAUGGCCCCAUGCAUCACAACACUGGGUCAUUGGACAACCCAUUAGGGAUGGAAGAUGUCCAACCAUCUGGGAGCAAGGAGAUGAGUGACAAGUGUGCCCCACUGCUGGAACCCAGUGGCCAAAAUAAUCCCAAUGAAGACAAAGCUCUGGCCCUCAAGAAUCUCCAGUUGCCUAUGCUAUCACCUCUCACCCCACCCCUGCCAUCAGUGCCAGAUGAUGCAGCACAGCUGGGUCAGGUUUUUGCAAUGCCACACAUUGCCACCCAUUGGCAACAAACAAGGAUGGGAGUGGUAGCUCCAAACCCACCUCCAUGUGCAGAAGGGGCACUAGAGGUGGCAAAGGUGGCAGAGGUAGCUGUCAGGUUGGGUCAUUUGUUGUUGUGUUGCUGUACACACAUGCAUGACUGGCAUGGUGAAUGGACAUCACAGCUGUCCACACCAGCCAAUUUCAUGUGA